AUGUUCCAGGAUUCCUCAGACCAGAGAGACAUGGCCAAACAACCGGCCACCGGCUACAUCCCGGCGCAGCAGCCCGACGGAGCUGCGGGACUUACAACAAACAAACCGGACAACACUGCUGCGUGCGCGCCUCCCUCCCCGCACCAUCAUCCGGCGCCUCAGCCUCCGUGCAACGAGAACAAAACUUUUUGUCCCACGGAAAAUAAACCGGGAGACGCGGACAGCAAUAAAGCGUAUGGGACGUUUAAAAACACCCCACCGGUCGUGCCCGGAUCCGUGGCUGUCAACUCGGCCUUCAGGAAGGAUUCCGCCGGUUCGGCCCGCGGGGGGUCCGCCCAGUGCGGCGACCCGCUGCGGGCCGCCGCGGAGCAGAACAACACCGCGGGCAACUGGACGGCUAUGAGCCAGACCACCAUCAUCCUGGGAACAGAUGGGAACACGUCUGUUCAGCCCGGCACCGUGGCGGGGGUAAGUUGCGGGAUUGCCAUGUUGAUAAUAUCUGUCUUGAUAGCCAUAUACUAUAAUAUUAUAAUGUGCUGGACACUGUACUACCUGUUCGCUUCGUUGAAGGGCUCACUGCCAUGGGCUAACUGUAGGAAUGAGUGGAACACUCCGGAUUGUAAGGACAAAGACAUGCUGCUGUUAGACUCGUGCAUCCUGCGGGACAGAAACAUCACCUCCAUCAAGAACUCCUCUUUCUGUCUGUCCGCAAACGCUGUGGGAAACCUGACGAAGCUGUUAAACAUGACAGUGGACGGAAACAAGACUGAUGUCAGCCCCAGUGAGGAGUACUUCAAGUACAAUGUGUUGCACAUCUCUCAAGGGAUUGAAUUCCCAGGAGACAUUCGCUGGCCUCUGGCAGGAUGUCUCUUCCUGGCCUGGAUCAUCGUCUACGCCUCUUUAGCCAAAGGAAUCAAGUCAUCAGGGAAGGUGGUUUAUUUCACCGCCACGUUUCCCUACGUGGUGCUGGUCAUCCUGCUCAUCAGGGGAGUGACCCUCCCCGGUGCAGCCGACGGCAUCCUCUACUUCAUCACACCAAAGUGGGAGAAACUGAGCGAUGGCAAGGUGUGGAAAGACGCAGCCACUCAGAUCUUCUUCUCCCUGUCGGCCGCCUGGGGAGGCCUCAUCACUCUCUCCUCCUACAACAAGUUCCACAAUAACUGCUACAGGGACACUAUCAUUGUGACGUGCACGAACAGUGCCACCAGUAUAUUUGCUGGGUUUGUCAUCUUCUCUGUCAUUGGUUUCAUGGCACAUGAGUUGAAGGUGCCGAUAGAGAAGGUGGCAGAUGAAGGUCCCGGCAUAGCGUUCGUGGUGUAUCCAGAGGCUCUGACCAGACUUCCCUUGUCUCCGUUUUGGGCGAUCAUCUUCUUCCUCAUGCUGCUGACUCUUGGCCUGGAUACCAUGUUUGCCACCAUCGAAACCAUCAUCACCUCCGUGUCGGACGAGUUCCCCAAAUACCUGAGGAAACACAAACCGCUGUUCACCCUGGUCUGCUGCAUCUGCUUCUUCUUCCUGGGAUUCCCCAUGAUCACAGAGAGCGGGAUGUACAUGCUGCAGCUGGUGGACACGUACGCAGCCUCCUACUCUCUGGUCAUCAUCGCUAUCUUCGAGCUGGUGGGGAUUUCCUACCUCUAUGGUCUGCAGAGGUUUUGCGAGGACAUUGAAAUGAUGAUUGGUUUCCAGCCAAACCGAUUCUGGAGACUCUGCUGGGCCUUCGUGACUCCAACCAUUCUGACGGGCAUCCUGGUGCUGAGUCUGUACCAGUGGAAGGGGAUGACGUAUGAGGACUACACUUACCCCAACUGGUCCAUGGUUAUGGGCUGGCUCAUGGUGAUCUGCUCCGUCAUCUGGAUCCCCAUCAUGUUUGUCAUUAAGAUGUACAUCGCCCCUGGCACCUUUACCGAGCGUCUGAAGCUGGUCUGCUCCCCUCAGCCGGACUGGGGUCCGUUCCUGAUGAAGCACCGUGGAGAACGCUACAAGAACAUGAUCGACCCUCUGGGAACCAACUCCCUGGGCCUCAAACUGCCCCCAAAGGACUUCCAGCUCAGCUCCUACCAGUAGCAGCUGCUCCGCCAGCACCACACCCACCACUUCCAAACCCCUGCAGGGGACGUCUCCUCUCCUUCUCCCUCUUCCUCUCUGUCUCUCUCUUUUUCCCAAUCGUACAUCACCCUCUGCUUCCUGUCUUCCACUCAACGAUGUGGCAGUGGGGACAGGCUCCUUUUCCUCCUCUUUGUCUUCUCCUUCGUCACUGCCUCUCUUCGUUCAGAGAGGAGUGGCUGCCCAGGUGGAGUCUGCUCCUCCGCUGCUGCUUCGUACUCGAUUAAUGGGCGAUCAUUGCCUCCCACACAUGACCACUGAUUACUCCAGAGCCCUUCCCAGGGAUCUUUAUUCCAAGAGAAAAAUUGUGCAAUAAAAUGGCACAGCUCAGACUGCACUUGCAAUAUUAGUCUCACCAUAGCUGCUCCCUAUGGAGACGUGUGUGUUUGUGUGUGUGUGUGUGUGUGUGUGUG